GAAGAACCGAGACAGGUAUGCCAUGGCCAGUUGGCCACCCGAAGACGAAACCACCACAAAUGUCACCCUCAAAAUUUUCUCCGGAAAGAAAGUAAGGGAAACCGGUCAGAGACCACAAAAGUUUCCAUGGUGCCUUGACGCUGAUCAUUCUCGGCGGCGAGUCCAGCUACAAUCUGUGAGGCGGCGGCGGCGGCAAGAACUUGACAAGGACACCAAGCCUAGCCUGGCCAGCUGGCCUGAAAGGUGGAUGAUGACAACAGGAACAGUCACCUAUUCCAUGCUGAUCUAGCGGCAAGCAUCCACCUCCUCUGCGGUCUCCCCUCCGAAUCUCCGAUGGGUCCCCGGGGGCGACACGUACGCCGAUCCGGUCCAGUGCGGAAACGAACCUCCACCGGCGGGGAAGCUCAAUACAGGCACGAUGCAUCCAGGCACAAAUCGAUCGAUUUAGAAACAAGAAUCAAAGGUGUGCGAGCCGAGAGACGAACACGAGAGCAAAUCCUUCCUUAAUAUUCAUGGACAGCGCAACGCUGACCUGCAACAACCGAAGCCGACCACAGGCAUCCGCAAGACAGCAAGUGAAGCUCAGAUCGGCGAACUGCGGCCUUCUGCGCUUCGCCUAGGAGCCUACGGAGUACUGAGAACAGAGCAGCGGAGGAUCAUGGCACACCUUCAAUUCUUGCGGCGCCAGAAGCAGCGGAGCUUGAGCCGGCGCGCUAGGACAUUGGCGAUCGCGACGGCAGCGGCGGCAGCCGCGGCGGCGUCAGCGACGGGGUCGAGCUGGCCUCCCGUGACGACGCGGCUGCCGAUGAGGCAGGCGACGAGGAGAAGGGGCAGGCACCAGAGCACGAAGUCGAGCACCGAGUCGAGGUCGACGUCCCAGUCCCACUCCCACACCCUCAGCAUGGCCAUUGGGAGUCCGAAGCCGGAGGAGGCAAGCACGGACGGAGCUGGACUGGACGAGCGAGCGAGGACGCUGAGAAGGGAGGGAAAAAAAGAGGAAAGGUGUGGAACGAGCGAGCAGCUAGAGCGGCGGCAGCUGGAUCAAGGUGGAGAAUCGCUGCGGCUGGACUGCGGCGGAUAUGGAUCGGCGCAGGCCGGCGGAAAAAAAAGGUGGCUGGGGUUUUGCGAUUGCAGCAGCGGGGAGAGACGUGUUUGUAAUCGAUCGUGUGGUCUCGUGGUCGGCUGAUCCCCGCGCGCGCAGGCGCAGGCAGCCCCUCCCCGUCCCGUCCGAGGCGCAGAGCAAGGAUUCGCCCCGACAUGGACCCGUCAGAGGGCCGGAGGCGUGAGCUGAAACCGGCAUUGUCGGCCGAGUGCGCUGUCCGCUUCCGGUUGCCGAGUUGAGCGACGGGGGAGUCGGGGGAGGAGAUGGAUAGGUCCGCCCCCGAAGAAGAAAAAAAAAAGGGACGCGGGCGGGAAAGGGGAAAGCUUCCUCCAUUCCGGCGCGGCCGCGGGCUACCUCGCUCCACGCUACCAACCAUCCGUUGCUGCUCAGCGCUAGUCAGUAGCGACGAGGAGUCUACGCGGACUAGACAUGACACCACUAGCAACCGCUAACUACAGGUCCACAGUAAGAUCCAACAGCUAGUGGUGCACCGGACAGUGCACCGGUGUUAUGAUCACGCUAUUAAGCAACAUGUUACAACCACCAAGUCAUAGUACAUCAACUCAAGAACAACCAACAUCAUCACCAGCCCAAGUCUUUGAUGGACCAAUUACACGUAGCCGAGCUAAGAAGCUACAGCAAGAGGUGCACGCGCUACUUUAUGAAUUUCAAUUAAACACUAAUGAAAACUUUAUGCUACCUAAGUCGUGUAUGUUGAUAUUACUUAGGUUUACCAAAGAGGAAGGACAAAACAUAUCAAGGACGAGUCAACAAGAAGAGCUAUGUCCGAGUCAGUCCAGCGCAAUAGAACCGUCCAGAAGAAACAGUCAUAUCUUUUGAUUCCCAAAAGCUAUGAAGGCCCAUAAGUACUUUUUGGAAAGCUCUUGAAGUCUAGAUUCCAAUGCUUCUAAAGCCGACUUAAUCAAAUCUACCAGAAAGUCAGCCGACCUACUUUAGUGCUGACUGUUCAGAAGGUCAACAAUCUGCUUGAUGACAAAGUUUUCGUAUUAAACUGCAUCAUUCUACGAAGUUUCAUUAAACAUGCUAUAUAUGGUGAGAAAGCUUAUCAAGUUAGCUUUUCAAUGCAACCAGUCCCACGUCAUUUGAAGAUUCUUAGAAGAAGUUAUUAUCAAAAUACUGAAGGCUGCGCAGAAGUCAAACAGCCACACGGAAAUUAGCUCUGCAGAUCUCCCGAAGAGGCUCCUUUACAUUAGCACGUGAAAAUAGUUUUGUUUCGUGUUUAUACCUCACUAAGGCUAGUUGUUACUAGUAUAAAUACCCCCCUAUGUCUAUGAUGUAAGGCAACUUAUGAUAAUCUAAAACAGAACCUCUUUGUUCAGCUGUGUGCUAACAAAUAUUGAGAGUGAUCUCUAUCCCUUUGCUCU